AUGAGUGAUAAUCAAUAUGCUCCAUUAACUGCAAGCUUAGUCAAAGCAUUAACUGAUAAAUUAUUUGAAAAAAGAAAAUUAGCUGCAACUGAUCUGGAAAAACAAAUAAGAGAAAUUGUUAAGAAUGAACAAACAAAAGAUUUGGAACGUAUAAUUUUGAUUCUUUGUAGUCUUACUACAAAUCCUAAUAUGCAUGCCCGUGCCGGAGGUUUAAUUGGAAUUGCAGCAGUUGCAAUUGCACUAGGAAAAAAUUCUCUUCCAUAUACCAGAACAUUAAUUGAAGCAGUAAUGCCAAGUUUUAUGGAUCAUGAAUCAAAAGUUCGUUACUAUGCUUGUGAAUCAUUGUAUAAUGUUGUUAAAAUAUGUAAGGGCAAUUCUUUGAAUAUGUUUGAUCAACUUUUUGAUACAUUAUGGAGGCUUUCUACAGAUACUGAUCAAAAUGUUAGGAGUGGAGCAGAUUUAUUAGAACGAUUAUUAAAAGAUAUUGUAAAGACAACUGAAGGUUUUAAUGUUGAAAAAGUUAUGGUAUUAAUUAAGGAACGUAUUUAUGCUGAGGAAUUUUAUUGUAGACGAUUUAUAAUAUCAUGGUUAAAACAUAUGAUUGAUAUUCCUGGUUUUGAUAUUGUUAUUUAUAUACCUGAAUUAUUAGAUGGUCUUUUUAAAAUGUUAAGUGAUAAUAUGGAUGUUGUAAGAACUUUUACUGAAAAUGUUUUAAAUCAAUUAUUAAUGAAAAUUAAUAAGGAUAAUGUUGGAAAUAUAAAUAUUAAAGCAAUUAUUGAUAUAUUAGUUGUUCAUACAAAAAGUUCAUCAAAUAAUUUUGUUGGAAAAAGAGUUGCAUUAGUAUGGUUAGAAAAAUUAAUAACAGUUUUAAAUAUUCAAUUAAUUUUUCCUCAUUUACCAAAUUAUUUAACUGCCGUGUUACCAUGUUUAACAUCAAAUGAAACAAAAGCUAGUGUUAUAAAUAAAAAACUUAUUGAAUUAGAUUUAAGUGGAAGUAAUUUACCUAUAAAAGAAAUUGUAGAUGUUUUACUUUUUUAUAUGUCUCAUGAAAAUAUUGAAACAAGAAUAGCUAGUUUAAGUUGGAUACAAAAAUUAUACUCAGCUGUUCCAUCUGAAUUAUUUUUAUUUAUGGAUCGAUUAUUUCCAAAAUUAUUAUCAUCAUUAACUGAUUCAUCAGAUGAAGUAUUAAUAUUAGCUAUUGAUAUUUUAGCUGAAGUUUGUGGUGAAAAAAGUGUUAAAGUUGAUGUUGGAGAAUUAAAUUUAAAAGAUGAUUUGACGGAGGAAUUAUGUUAUGUAUCACCAUAUUUAUUAAAAUUUACCACUUCAUUAUUAGAUAUGUUUAGAAAAGAACCAACAUUAAUGAAUGAUAGAGGUGUAGCAAUACUUCGCCAAACAUGUGCACUUUUAGGUCCUGAUCAUAUAUAUAAAUCAUUUGCCUUGUUAUUAGUAAAAGAUUCAGAUUUUGAUUUUAUAUCAAAAAUGGUAUCAAUGUUAAAUAUGAUUCUUAACACAACAUUAGAAUGUUUUGAAUUAAGGGAAAAUUUACGAAAAUUAGAAACAAAAGAGGGUGUAGAUUUAUUUUUAGCUAUUUAUCGUUGUUGGUGUUAUCAACCAAUUAAUGUACUUGGUUUGUGUUUAUUGUCACAAAAUUAUACACAUGCAGCUGACAUUGUGCAACGCCUUUCUAGGGUAGAUAUGACAGUAGAUUUAUUAGUUGAAAUUGAUAGGUUAAUACAAUUAAUUGAAUCUCCCAUAUUAUCUCAUGUAAGGCUUGAUUUAUUAUCUAUUAAUCAUCAAAAACCUUUAGCCGCCGUUUUAUCAUCUCUAUUGAUGUUAUUACCGCAGACAGAGGCUUUCAAUACACUACAUAAACGUUUACAAUUAAUACCAUUACUAUCAACAACAGAACAUUCAAAUGAAAUAGAAAUUAGAAGAUAUGGUAAAGAAAUAAAUUUCCAGAAUCUUCUAAAUUAUUUUGAUAGUACAUUUAUUAAACGUCAAAAUAAUAUAAGAGCCGUUCAUAAAAAUAAAUUACGGCAAAAUAUUAAUGGAACGAGUUAA